AUGGCAAGCCCAUCGAGCGAGUCCAUUACAGAAGCAAUCACUCCGAUCGUCGAGCCGCCAACGAGCAGCAUUCUUGCCUCGCCUCCGUUUGAGGAUGUGCCUCAAUCGGCUCCCAAACCGAAAGGCCGACAUCGAUUGAUUGCAGGUCUUCACCGCAUUUCCUCCUCUCCAUCCGUCGCAAGGCUGAACAGAAGCCGCGCUAAGAGCUAUAAUGGUACUGGCAGGGGCUCAAUAUCAUGCAUCUCUCUCAACUCCGCCUCGUCAUAUGGCAGUCCCUCGUUUGGUCCUUCUCUGACUCGUGACUUCUCCGCUGGAUACGCCACGCCGCCAACCUCAGCUGCUGCGACUCCUGGUAUUCAGAUCCCUAGAUUCGACGAUGCUGCCCGCCUCAGAUAUGUCGCCCAGCAAGAUGGUAAGCUUUCUGUUGGUCUCCCAUCUGAGUUGCGACCCAAGCCGGCCAUCACGCCUGGCAUUACCGAAGUCGACGAGGACUACUUCUCGCGACCAGCCACGAAGCAAAAGCUGCAGCGGAAAGAUUUCAAUUUCUGGCGAGAUCUGCCUUCGGAGCUGAAGAUGGAGAUCCUGACAUACUUAACCCCGAAAGAGGUUGUGCGAUGCUCCAUACUCUCCAAGUCGUGGCACGAGAUGUGUUUUGAUGGUCAGCUUUGGGCAAUACUGGAUACUGCAGGCUUCUACCAGGACAUUCCUGGGGAUGCAUUGGUCAGUAUCAUCACUUCCGCAGGUCCAUUUGUGCGUGACCUCAACCUACGAGGCUGUGUCCAGCUCCGGGAAAGGUGGAACUAUAAAGGUUUAUCUGACGCCUGUACCAAUUUGGAGAACUUUUCGCUGGAAGGAUGUCGCAUUGAUCGAGCCUCGAUUCAUAACUUCCUGUGGUCAAACUGCAGGCUGGUUCACAUCAACCUGUCAGGCCUCGCUGGAGCAACCAACGCUGGCAUGAAGAUUAUUGCACAGAACUGUCCCAAAUUGGAACAUCUCAACAUCUCUUGGUGCAACAAUAUUGAUACCCGCGGGCUUCGUAAAGUUAUAGAAGGCUGUCCGAACCUGAAGGAUCUGCGAGCUGGAGAGGUUCGAGGUUGGGAUGAUCUCGACUUCAUGCACGAGGUGUUCCUGCGCAACACACUGGAGCGCUUGAUCCUGAUGAAUUGUGACACUCUAACAGACGAAUCGCUAGCCGUGCUGAUCGAGGGCAGGGAGAAUGAGAUUGAUUAUAUCUCUGGAAGGCCCAUUGUCCCUCCUAGGCGAUUCAAGCAUCUUGACUUCACAAGAUGUCGAGGCAUAACCGACAAAGGUGUGCGAACAUUGGUCAACAACAUCCCUGAAAUUGAAGGCUUGCAGCUUUCGAAAUGCCACGACAUUCUCGAUGCUACCAUGGCAGAGCUGCUACCAACAACACCAAUAUUGACUCACCUGGACAUCGAGGAGCUGGAAGACUUGAGCAAUUCAACACUGCACGUUUUAGCCAAUUCGCCAUGUGCGAAGCGGCUCCGCCAUCUCAGCAUCUCGUACUGUGAGAACAUGGGAGAUACGGGAAUGUUGUCUGUGCUGAAGAGCUGCACAAAUCUUCGGUCUCUUGAAAUGGACAAUACGAGGAUAGGCGAUCUCGUCCUCGCGGAAGCUGCAGCGAUGGUUCGUGAGCGAGUUGCGAGAACGAUUAUCCAGGGAGCUGCCAAGCCCGGCCACGUCCUCUACAAGCCGACUGUAGGCUUAAGACUUGUGGUCUAUGAUUGCCAGAACGUGACCUGGACUGGUGUCCGGGAGAUCCUCUGCAGGAAUGCCGAUGUUUCUGUGCAAGCUCGUACGGUGCCUCUUCCACCCGUGGAGCUGUCGACCGACUCUUCUGCCAAUUCGUCCGCGGAGAAUGUGGGCUCGCCGUCACCAUCGCGGGUUCAUAUCGUGCGGAGCACGACUUUCCCAACAGAAGUGAUUCAGCUCAAAUGUUUCUACACAUAUCAGCCAACCGUGGAAGAGCACUUCAAGCGCGUGAUGCGGGGCGACUUUAUUGCCGCACGUCGCCUCGAACGGAAGUGGGCUGAGUUUAUGAUUGCUUCCGAAGAGGCGAACACUCUGGGUGGAGGUCGCAGACGACGGGAGAGAAGGGCGCGUCAGGCUCAAAUGCUGGCGGCAGAUGAGGAAGAUGUGCACACUCCGGGCUCGGGAGUAGGUGGCGGCAGGCGACGACGUGCUAGGAGUGGCGGGUGCGCUGUCAUGUAAAUGAACGAAUGAAUGUUGACAUGAGCAUAUGAGGGUUUUUGGUAUGGCGGUAUUUGGAUGGUCUGCGUGGCGUUUCUCUGGUGGCCUAGGUGUGUUUCUUGAGGCAUACAGCGUGGGGUUUGGGACAGGACUCGUCGAGGAGGUGGGACGAUUGUCAGCGCAGGAUUGCGGACGCAUCUCAUCGCAUUCAACCUGGUUCAUUGUAGGAAUCCUAGAUACUGUAGUAGCAGAGCUACUCUACAGCACACUGAUCCAUUA